GAAGCAGCAGCAGCAGCAAGAAGAAGAAGAAGGGAGUUCCGAGCUCGCGCACGAGCGAGCAGCAGAGCUCCUUCUUUCUCAGAGUCUGCUAUCGUCUGACACCAAAAUCAAGUAGGGUACAGUGCUCUCUCAGCCCAGUACGGUUCCGAUAAGCUCUGCACUGACGUCUGCUGCGGAAGUUUCCUCGCCCCGGAAUGGAAUGUCAGUGUCUUGUGGAAAUUGAGCGUGUGAGCGGGUGCUGAUUGCCGCGAGUCUCUGGGUUGUGGUCAGUAUGGGCAAAUGGAACCACCGUCACUCGCGUCGGAGGUACAAAUACAAUCCUCAGCGCUACAUGUACCAGGAGAACGCUUAUUACCCGGAGCUCGAUGGCCCUGACUCUGCUCUUCCUGAUAAUGUGCCUUCAUGGGAGAAGGAAUUCUGUGCAUCAAUUGGAUGUGUUCCAUGGCGGAAGUUACUUUUCACGAGGAAGUGUAUGUUUGGGCAUGAUAGUGUUCUCUACUGGGAUGAUUCUGCCGGUAAAGAAGCAUUCCAAAAUUGCAAGAACCGAUUCUGGGCGAAGAUCAAUGACCUUUCCUGCGAAAUCGCUCUGCCUGAUCCGGAUAUCUAUAUUGAGAAAGUAAAUUGGGAUUCACAUGUUGAUCCUGAACUAAUUAAGGAGAUCGAUACAGCAUACUUCAAUCCUGAACUUCACGAGGGAGCCGAGCAAAAGGAUUGCGAGUCUUCCGAUGAAAAUCCUUGGGACUGUAAAAGGAUCGAGAGUGGCGAGGACUUGAAGUGUGAAGCUUGGAGCUCUCUGCAGAGGACUACAAAUAUCAACGAGACGGGAGAUUCUCAUACGGAGGACAAUCCUUGGGAGCAAGGCUUUACAAGGGGAAGUGAACAGGUGAACUGGCAUCAUUGGAGAAGUCCACAUGUCGAUAAUUCUAAUAACGAUGCCAACCCCUGGGAAAAAGGGAAAAAUAAGCAAAGGGGAGAUCCUGAGCCCUACUCUCAGGGUUGGAACUCGAGAAAGUCGAAGAACUUAUAUACUGAUUAUGCUAAUCAAGGAGAAAGGGGCCCCAUUCAGGAGAGAAGAUUCUCAAAUGAGAGAAGGUGGAGGGAUCAGCCCAAAGAUGGUUGCAGAAAAAGGGAGAGUUUUCAUCAAGGUGGUCGGGGACAUGAAAGUUCGAGUUAUCGAGGAGAUGGUCGUCAGACUGGUCAUGAGUGGAGCCAGGGAAGGGCUAGCAAGAGGGUUAGUUUUGCUGGUUCGAGGUACUGACUGAAGGAUGGUGUCUUUUUUGUAGGUGGAAUACUACCAUAAAUACAUACUGUAUCAUAAAGUUUUUGAAGUGGAUGCAGAAAGCAGCGACUCAAGGAAACCAACAGUACACCAUCCAUCGUUUUUUGAUUCGUUUAUUACUUCUCAUAUGCAUCUCCCUAAGUUGUGAUGCUUAUGAGAACUAUUGCGAAAAGAUGUAUAAGCCGACGGAAGGGAAUCUCCACAUAUUGUUAGCAGACUGUUUACUGCUUUGAUUAUCUUCAAACGAAGAGAAUGCUUGUAUAGGUUUCUAUCUCUUGGUCACUCGUUUUGUUCCUCCAAAUACCUAUUCAUUCUUCUAAGAAUCUAUAUCUACAUUAUCCAUUUGUAGCCAAGUGCGGGAAUUUUCUCA